AUGCAUAUCGCCCAUAACAAUGGCAAUAACGGACGAAAUAGACGGGGAAGACGAAACAAUUCAAGGAUACCUGAGCAAAUCCAGGAAUUUGAUGACGAAGAAGAGGUAGGACAGGCCCCCCCAACUGGUGCCGAACCUGUACCUGGAAUCCACCCAAAGAUGGAUAUUUGUAAUGAAAUGGAAGUAUUAAGGCAACUCGUUUAUAAUGGUCAGGCCGGUAUCAGAAGACCAGCCCGACCUACAUACCAAAAGCCUUAUCCUGCUUAUAUUGACGAAUUACCUUUCCCAAGAGGCUUCAAAGUCCCAAUUUUUAGCCUGUUUGAUAGAGAAGACUUAUACGCAUCAGCGUUGGAGCACAUAGCCCAAUGUGUAGCAAUAGAAACUUAG